AUGUCUGUCAAUCUUCCAGCCGACCAUGUCGAGGUCGCUGCGCUCCGUGACCGCGUUAAGCAUAUCUCGGAAGAGAAUAAAUUCGUAAACAACGAAAACGACUAUUUUCAGGAAAGUAAUGGCGGGCUUCCUAUAGAAAAUAACAAGCUUAAGAAGACUCUUGCUCUUACUGAGGAGCGACUGCAGCGUCAUCAUGCAGCGUGGAACGUGAGGGCUGUAGGGAAAACUUCAUGGAACGAUGAUAUGGGAGCUGCACAGGACGCGAGUACAUGCGCAAAUUCAUUAAGCCCUCUCGUCAGACCACAGCAGUCGCCUCUGCGACUGCCUACUCACACUGCGAACGCCACCAAUACUCUCACUCACGCCGCAGAUAUCCUCCUGCCGCCACGCCGACUGAGGUUGGGUCUCCCAUCGUCUCAGUUACAAAGCGUCAGCCUCGUCGCAUGAGCCCCUGACAACUUUAUCAUCCAUUCCGCAAGUAUUUCAAUCAGCAGCUUAUAUACACGCCGAGAGCGCGGAACCAGUCACAGUGGUCUAUUAGGCCUGCAAGACAGCCCAGGCGCUCGACGUCAAAAGGAC